AUGGAAAACUGUAAAGCUAAUCUAAAUGGAAAUUCAACGGAUCUUGAACUGACUACUUCUCGUGAAGAUUAUAAAGAACCAGUGCGUAGAGUACGUGCAGAUGCAUGUAGAAGAUCUAUACAAGCAAGAAGAUGUGUUCAACAUUUGAAAAAAUUGAAAACUUGUUCAAGUAAAUUUGAGUACAAUUCAACUAUUCAAGAUAACCAAGAUCAACUAUCAUAUGAACUGUCUGAUUCAAUAGAAGAUCUAGAUUCGAUCUCCCUGACUUUAAAUAAUAAUAAUAACGCUAGCAACUGUUCACAGUUUCCACAAUGCAAAAACAUUCUUUCAUAUAGCGAUUAUUUAGCCUUACCAAUUGAAAUACGUUACCCAUACAAUUACGUCAGUGAUUUAUUUGAAGAUGCUCAUCCUGAAAAUGUUGACAACAGUCGGAGUAAUAAUACUUAUGAAGAGAAUUUGGGUUGGUUUUCAUCUCAAUACAAUCACAAAAAUUUGAAAAUCAUAGGAAGAAGUGUAACGUUAAACCUUCGGAGUGCGGUUGUUGCUUUACCAAUCCUCGCCUUUACAUCCUCAUCUGAUCCUCCUUGCCCAUCGAUGAUGCUUACCAGACCCGACGUUUUCCGAUUCAACUAUAACGAUGUAGUUUGUGAGGGAGAUUACUAUUUAUUUAACUGUGAACUCAGUGAACAUUUGACUGAUGGAGUAUUGGGGAUUUACAAGCUGGAAAAUGAAUUUAUCCCAGCAAAUUUGAGUGCCCAAGAGAAACAGGAGGCCGAAAUUUUCGGAAAGGAUCCCUAUCCCAAUUUGGUUAUACGGUCCCUAAGGAAGAUUUUCGAAGAACACGGAGUUCAUAAAUGGAAUCAAACUUACGAUCGAGAUCACAAAACAUUUAAAUAUAGAUAUGGACCAGUAACUCAAAAUGAUUCUGGACUUUAUUACUGUCGUUUUAUUGUUCCUGGUGAAUAUUCAACUCCAAUGUCGACUUACAUGAAACUUGAAGUUAAUAUGAAUUGUCCUAAACCAUUAAUCUACUGGAUUGUUCAAUUACUCCCGUAUUUCCUGUUGUUCGUCUUUAUCUUAGUGAUUCUUCAACUGGUUUGGUUAUGGAGACGAAAAUCUGAAAUUAUUACAUACAAGUUGAUAAGUAUUGGACGUUCUAUAGAGUACUAUCAGUUAGCUACAACUGAUGCACAAAUAUCAAACAACAAUAAUUCGGAUAAUAAUUCAUUUGAAAAUACCACAAGUUUAAUGUUAGACCCAAUUCAUAAACCUGUGAUUAAUAUAAACACUAUUGUCACUCGUCGUCCACCGAAAUUUAUAAAUAAAAUUAAAGAACGAUAUACUACUAAUCGUUAUGUAUCUUCAGAGAGUCAACGGCUUUACAACAGAUUCACACAUGAAAAAGAUUUACAACGUUUAAAAGAACUAGAUAAACUAUUUUUAUCGAAUUAUCAACUUAAAAAAGAUGAAGAUUAUGAGUUCUCACGUAAAAAUAUUCAAUUAAUAUGUCGAUUAGGUUCAGGUGCUUUUGGUAUUGUUUAUAGAGGUGUUGCAGAAAAUCUACCAAAUUGUGUUAACACAAAUGAAAAAAUUGAUGUUGCUGUUAAAACUUUAAAAGAUGAUUUCACAGAAGGAGAUGUCUCUGAAUUCCUGAUGGAAGUGAAUAUUAUGAAACAAUUGCGUCAUAAGCAUAUCAUUGAAUUUUAUGGAGUUUGUACGGAAAAUGGCUCACCACUUUUAAUAAUGGAAUAUGCUCCUUAUGGGAAUCUCAAAGAGUAUCUACGUCGUCAUCAGAAAAUUUGGUUGAAUUGCGACAAUUUGUCUUUGAAACUCCUAAAUUUUGGAUAUCAGGUUGCCGAUGGCAUGAAAUAUCUGGAGUCAAAAUGUCUUAUCCAUCGUGAUUUAGCUGCUCGUAAUAUUUUGGUUGGUAAACAUUAUAAAUUAAAAAUUGCUGAUUUUGGACUUACGAGAUUUGCUGAAAAUUAUUAUCGGAAAAUGAAAAAUGGUCGUGUUCCUUUAAAGUGGUUAGCUCCAGAAUCUCUAAGUGACAAAAUAUAUACAAUUAAAUCAGACGUCUGGUCAUUUGGUAUACUAUUAUGGGAGAUAUUCACACUUGGUUCAUCACCAUAUCCAAAUAUUAAUAUGACAGAAAUUAUACAAUCAAUUCAAUCGGGCGUACGUAAUGAAAAGCCAUUAUUAGCAUCAAAUACAAUUUAUCAAAUUAUGUGUAAUUGUUGGCAAAUAGAUCCCAAAAAACGAUUGUCAUUUUCAGAAUUAGUGAAUUUAUUAGAAUUACAAAUCAAUGUACAUGAUGGUCGUACUGAAACUAGUGAAACAACUUCAGGAACAUCAACAUAUCAUGGUGAUGAUGAUAAUAAUAAUAAUUAUUGUAACAGUGAUUUACUAACAAAUAUUAAUGAUAAUAAUUAUAAAGAGUUAGAUAUGGGCAUUAGUAGUACUAUUAAUGAGUAUGAUAGUUUUAAUUUGUUUGACGAUGAUCAACAGAGUGAUGAAUAUAUUCAUCAUCCUAUUUUGUCAACAGCGUUCACAACCAAUAAAACACUACAUGGUUCAGUAAUUGCUUCAGUUUAUUGUGAAAUGAAAGCCGAAUAG